ACAGCACAACUAAUAACUGUUCCUCUGGGUUUUGACCAUCUUCUCUCACUCUGAACGUGUGUCAACAACAACAGCGACAACAACAUCACUUGCAUGAUUCUUGAUGACAUCGCAGAUUCCCUCACGUAUCCAAAUGCCUCUCGACUGGUGAAAAAGCAACGCAUAGCCGCACUCUUCAGAAGUCUACCUCCAGUUUUUCCUGGUUAGGUAACUUGGGCUCUUUUCUUCGGGAGGCGGGAGUGUUUUUUUCCUCCCGGGACGCUGGUUCCUGUCUAGUCCAGUGACUACCAUAUCAAGGCUAACCUUCCACGAAUUGGAAUACAGGGCAUUUUUACUCAGAAUUUCCCCCACUGGUCAAGCGCCAUCGUCGGCAGCUCCCCGUUCUCCUCUCUGGCGGGAGGUUAGCUGAAGGCGUAGGGUUGUGGAGGUAUGACUGCGUUGGCUGGGGCAAUACCAAGGAUGAUGCGCCCUAUGCUGGCUCAGAACUACCCCCACAGUGGUUUCCCACUGGAAGUCUCUACCCCGUUAGGCCAAGGCAGAAUGAACCAGCUCGGGGGAGUGUUCAUAAAUGGCAGACCUUUGCCCAACCAUAUCCGCCAUAAGAUCGUCGAAAUGGCCCACCAUGGAAUCAGGCCGUGCGUAAUCUCCCGUCAGCUCCGCGUCUCUCACGGUUGCGUUUCCAAAAUCCUCUGCCGGUACCAGGAGACCGGCUCCAUCCGACCCGGGGCCAUCGGGGGAAGCAAAUCAAAGCAGGGGACGACGCCUGAUGUUGAGAAGAGAAUAGAGGAGUACAAGCGGGACAACCCGGGUAUGUUUAGCUGGGAGAUUCGGGAUAAAUUACUGAUGGAUGGGAUAUGUGACCGGAACACCGUUCCAUCAGUGAGCUCUAUCAGUCGCAUCAUGAGGAGUAAAUUCGGAGUGAAGGGAGAUGACGAUGAUGAUGAAGAUGAAAUCGAGAAAAAGGAAUUAGAAGAACACGAACGGCGGGCCAAACACAGCAUCGAGGGCAUCUUAGGAGACCGAUCGAGCCACUCAGAUGAGGGGUCGGACGUGGAGUCAGAACCGGACCUGCCUCUGAAGAGGAAGCAGCGCCGCAGUAGAACCACCUUCACGGCCGAACAGCUGGAUGAGCUGGAGAGAGCCUUCGAACGAACACACUACCCUGACAUCUACACCAGGGAAGAGCUGGCUCAGAGGGCCAAACUCACAGAGGCCAGAGUACAGGUGUGGUUCAGUAACAGAAGAGCCCGGUGGAGGAAGCAGGCUGGAGCUAGUCAGCUCAUGGCCUUCAAUCACCUGAUCCCUGGGGGGUUCCCGCCCUCUGCCAUGUCCAGUCUCUCACCUUAUCAGCUGUCUGACAGCCCGUAUCCCCCUACAUCCAUAUCACAAGUGGUGUCGGAGCAGGCCAGCACCCUGCACCGGCCCCAGCCCCUGCCCCCCUCCUCAGGCCACCACCAGAACUCAGGUGGGGGAGGACAGGAUGGGGGGUCGGCCUACUGCCUGGCCUCUGGACGCCACGGCUUCUCAGGCUACUCCGACAACUUCGUCACGUCAGGUGGCCCUCCCAACCCCAUGAACCCUGCCAUCGGCAACGGCCUCUCUUCCCAGGUGAUGGGUCUGUUGAACCCAGGCGGGGUGCCCCACCAGCCCCAGAGUGACUACGCCCUCUCCCCCCUGACAGGAGGCCUGGAGCACCCCGGGGGCAUGGGGGCCAGCUGCUCUCAGCGUCUGGAGCACAUCAAGGGUCUGGAGGGCCUGUCCAGUGUCCCCAACAUCCCCAGUCUCCCCUCGCUGCCCAACUCCCAGUCCUACUGCCCGUCAUCCUACAGCUCUCCUGCCUACAGCGUGGACCCCGUGGCCUCCUACCAGUAUGGGCAGUACCACGGACAAAGUAAGGUGCCCUUCAUUAUCUGAGACCUGAGAUCACCUGAGGAUCAGCCCCUUUAAGUGACCCCCCCCCCCCACACACACACACCUCUAGCCCAGUCUCCACCUCCACCUCCACCUGUAGCCCAGUCUCCACCUCCGGCCCAGCCCAGUCUCCACCUCCACCUCCGGCCCAGCCCAGACUCUACCUCCACUUCCGGCCCAGCCCAGUCUCCACCUCCACCUCCGGCCCAGCCCAGUCUCCACCUCCACCUCCGGCCCAGCCCAGACUCUACCUCCACUUCCGGCCCAGCCCAGUCUCCACCUCCACCUCCGGCCCAGCCCAGUCUCCACCUCCACCUCCGGCCCAGCCCAGACUCCACCUCCACCUCCAGCCCAGCCCAGUCUCGGUUGAGGGACGUGUGUACUGUAUAUGUUGAGACUGAGGGGGCUCUUCAAGUAAUUAGGACCAAAAGCUCCCUCCACCAUCCCUGGCUACCUAUUCCCUCACCCAGGCACCUCACCUCAACAAUGAUCUGUUCCUUCAGACUAAAGAUAAAAGGACAUUGAUAAAGAGGAAUUUAAGGCCAAAACAAAGAAACACAUGAACUUAGAUUGUCUGUUGAUGACUGACAGAGAUGCCACUGGGUACUUUCCCUUGGCUGUGAUGUGGUCUACCCCACAUUGGGCGCCAACUAUGACCAGGAGGACCAUGGAAGAAUAGCCCACAUAGACCCACAGCCCAGGAGCGGAGGCCUGGUUGGGGUAAAAAAUCCUCAAGUCAGGCCUGUGGAACAGCACAACCAGACUGUAUAGUAAGAGACUCACUAGCAGCCUUACAGCUGUGAGCCUGUUUACAUGUUUGUCGUAGGGCCAAAUGAAUACAGAUGAAUUAUAUUUAUCUCUGAAUGAAAGCUACUUGAGGGAAAAAAUAACAGGCUUUUGUUGGGAUUUAUUUGACGUUGCAUUUAUUUGAUAUGUUUUGUUCCAGAAGAUUCCUUCCCACACAAAGAGUGAAAUGAACACAACAUUCCAAGCAUAGACUGAGGAACAAACAAACAAACAAGCAAAUGUGUAGAAAAUAAAAAUGUAAAUCAAAGAGGAAGCUUUGAGACAUCAUCAUAAACAGAAGUGUAAUGUAUACUACAGCUGUUCCGUUCCCUUCAUUAUGUUAACUGCUCAGUGUUCUAAAACAUUCCAUUGAACUCUCACUGUGUUCCGUUGAUAACUCUGAUCUUUUGUAGCUUUAGAAGGAUUCCUAGGGGUCAGGGGUGACUUUGGGGAAAGUCACAGGUGAAGGAGGAAGAGGAAGGAGGGGGGACUCAGAGGUUCUGAUGGGCGACAGGGUUGAUCCAUCGAGGGAUGCAGUUCCCCCUCAUAGAGGCCUAUUAGGUCACGAGACUCACGACCAAGAAACACAUGAGAAACCAGGACCACCCUACCACAGACCAACCCAGCUGACCAGAAGUGCAAUAUCACGUACCUCAGAGUCAACGACACCAUCAAACAGAUUAAACAAAAAUAUAUUGUGUCUUAAAAACAUUUGAAUCAUGUUUGAGUCAUUGUUUAUUACAUGUGCCUAUGGAGGCUUCGAGGUCCAAAACAAAGAAACAACAACAACAGCAACAACAACAACCAACAUCAUCAGUACUGCUAUGAUAGCAAAGCGACAGCAAAAGGUGGGACGCACAUUGUGAACCAUUGAAGUCAUUCCAAGCCCAUGUGGAGCAGAUUGAUUCAAGGAAAAAACAGAAGUAAACAAAACAAACUUAUGAAGAAUUACAAAGCCAAAUUAUUCCAUUUAUUUUUUGCUUGUGUCUUUUUGUUUCUCUUGUUGCAAAAACAGAAAGAUCAAUAGUGUGUUGUUUUACAUCAUUUCCUUAUUUAUUCUCUCUAAAGUAUCUAAACAAUUCUGCAACAUUAUUCUUAAACUUUCUGCAAUGUUUUAGUCAAGUUACUACAUCACAUACCUUAUAGGAAUACUGUGUCCAUCUUUUCACUAAAUGGUAGCUGGAUGUCUCAACAGAUCCAAAGGUUGCUACAAGCACUCAGCAGUCAAUUGUACAUUUGUCUGUAACAGAAAGAAAAGUGUUUUUUCUUUCCAAUGGUUUCUUUCAUUUUUAUAUAUUUGUUGUAUUAUUUGACAGAAUGAUAUGGCGCAAUGUCUUGUGUACAAGUGCAGUAUUAUUACUAUUUAUAAUAAAAAAAUGAAAACAUAA